AUGAAGCGAAUUAUUGUUACGGUGAAAAUAUUUUGUGUAUUGCUAGCGGUGGAUUCGAGGAAGUACGACAUAGAAUCCGAAUCCAUUAGGCUCUACGGGGAAAACCUUCAGUCGGUUUUGAUUAGAUUCAGGAAGUCGCCUGAAUAUCUGAAGAUUUUAAAUGAAAAGGUGAAACAAUUGUACGAGUAUUACAAUUUAGCUCUGGCGCAAACUUGGACGUAUCACGACGAAAAAAUGCGUCAGGAAAUAGGAAAGAUGUUUAAGUUAGGUCCUAAAGUAGAUUCGACGAGGCGACUCUUCAGCGAUGUACAAACAUUUGAUUUGGAACAGCUCUCGGAUCCCUCUGAGAUUUCGUCGGAAAACCUCACCGUCUAUACGGAUCUGCCGUUGAGCUUAUCAGAACGAAACAACUUGAAGGAAAUUGGCUUCGAGAAUGUUGGCCGUAUAAUACAUGACGUGAUCAAGAGUUUUAAUCAAAACGGAACGUUCGUCAGAUCUACUUUACUUCCCGGUGGUGGUAAUAUUGAUAAUAAAACACUUACAUCGACUACAGAGCAUCCGGAAGUUCAUAAGGUCACCUCUACCGACGUGGAUGUUACAACAAUUACGAAUGAAGGACCAUCGAGCACCCACAGCACAAACUUCAAGUACAGGGCACACAAACCCGAAACAUCAAUGAAUGAUUUAAAUUAA